AAUUUCCAACCAAGAAAAUUUGAGAUUGAUACAAUUGUAUACAGAAAUACGUUCAAAUUCGAUUUUGCAUAUGGCAUACGUUCAAGAAGCUCUUCAGACAUACACAACGCUUGGGAAAAAAUACCAGGAGAUGCUUACCUUGAAUGAGGCAAUGUCUACACGAAUGACUGUGGUGCCAUCGACUGAAUAUUUGCAUACGGUGAACGAUGAAGGAAGGCAUUACACAAUAUGCUUUUUAGAGAAAAAAUGCAGUUGUGGUCGGUUCCAAGUCAACGAAUUAUCGUGCCCACACGCUUGGACUGUCCUGAAGAGCAAGUGUCUAAUGCCAGAAGAUUAUUGCUCUGAUUAUUACAAACCAAAGUCUGUUGUAAUGACAUAUGAGGUGCCCGUGUAUCCUUCGCCGGACCGGAAAAAAUGGAAUAUACCAGCACAUGUAGCAGAUGAAGUUGUAUUACCGCCCAAAUAGAAAAGACCUCCUGGAAGACCAAAGAAGAAGCGUGAUAAGCCCUUCAUUGAAUUGCUGCAGAAGAAAAAUCAACAUUCGUGUAGCAUAUGUGGGCAGGAAUGACAUAAUAAGCGUACUUGUAGAAAUGCUCCACGUUGAAAUUAGUUCAC